AUGAUGAAAUUAACAACACUAAGCUGUGGCCUGAGCUUCCUAUUACCUGUAUAUGCUCGAGUCAUCUCUGAUCCUUGUGCUACAACAACUACUCUACCUGUCAUUACUGUCACAAAAGGUCCCAAUGGUUAUUACAACCAGUAUACCCGCACAUAUCAAGAGUUCUACCCUCAAGGCUUGACAACAAAAGUUUACACUAUUACACAAUCGUGUUCAGGUGUGAAUUGUCAGCCCUUGCCUAUUGAGACUGCUCCUCCACCUGGCUUCACAUCUGCUGUGGUCAAGUGUGACAAGUGUGGAGGCUCAGGGACCAAGGUUGCUACUUUGACAUUCCCAACUGAGUCUGUGCAAGCAUAUUCAUCUUCUGGAUAUGUUGUUGUACCUAUUGCACAACCAACACAGAUUCCUCUUGGUAACAGCGAGCAAUCUCACAGCAGUUCGGUUUCUGAGAAUGGCUCUUCUGGCUUAGAUGCUGGUCAUGCACUGAACAACCAUGGCGCUUCUCUUUCUACAAACACGGCUCCAGACUCUGAAGAUUCGACUGCACAAGACUCUGGCAGUGGAAGUCAAGAGAGCCAAAGCGUACCUAACAACGGAGGCUCUGCAAAUGAGGGAGAAUCUUCCGGUACCGGUGCUCCUGGAUCUCGGCCAUUAUCCGAGACACCUACCGCGGGUUACCACUUUGCGCCCUCUAACUCCUCCCCUGUUGGUUCCGAUAGCCAGUCUUCGUCUUCAGCAGACACAGGCUCAUCUGAUACGGCCGCCGCAGGAAAUGAUGCCUUAUAUCCCAUUCCGAACCAGAAGUCCGGCAACCCAUAUGCAGGUGACACUUCUGGUGCCUCGAGCAACGGAUUCGGCUCGUCUGGCAGCAACUCGCCCUCAUCUCAAAAUGAUACCCCCUCUACUGGAAAACCAGCCACCAAAGACUCUGGCGAUGAUAGCUGGAGCCCCGAUUCCCCGAUCACUGUUAGUAGUGCGGGCCAUACCAAGACAAAUGUUAUUACAUGUGUACUAGCGAAUAUUGCUGGCAUGUUCGUUCUCAGGUUGCUAGUGUAG